AUGUACCCAUUCAUUAAUAAUGCAAAAUUGGCACGUAGCAAAACAAAUAUUGGACAAUACAAUGAGGCAAUAACUAAUUAUGAGGAGGCAAUACGUUUAAUUGGUGUUCAGAUUAAGCAGACUUAUAAUGAUAAUACUAAACGGAAUCGGCUUGUUAAGGUUUUUUGUUUAAAUUUUAAUUAUGAGUUGAUUUUUGGUGGAAAAUUGGGAGGAUUUUGAUAGGUAAGAAGGUCUACGGGGAAUUCUUAGGUGGACAAGUAUGUCCUCAAUCUUGUGUUGUUUUUAUUGAGAUUAGGGUGGGGGCCCGGAUCGGUUCGGUAGAUCGAAUCG